UCCAUUUUCACAAAUCCAAAGUGAUCGGCGACAGUAAAGUUGAUAGCUAUGGCGACCAAAUCUCUUUCCAUCUACGCGGUGUUCUUCGUUCUCUUCCUCGUGCUCCUUGUUCCAAGCAUAGAAGCCGGAGACGAAUGUUUGAAAGAAUAUGGUGGCGACGUUGGGCCCUCAUUCUGUUUCCCAGAGAUUUUCCCGAGCUUUUGUUACCAACGCUGCCGCAGUGACAAACUUGCGUUAGGCGGUAGAUGCGUUUGGCGAGACGAUGAUAGCGUUAUAUGCUUAUGCGACUACUGCAGUGAUGAACCAAGCCUUGGGAUUAAACCGAAAGCAAACGCUGCUUAGUAACAAUUUACUAUAACGCCGUCUGCGAGGCAGAUAAUAAGACUUCGAUGUUCCGACAAUAAAUAUGCAGUUUAGGAAUAUGACCUUGGCUGCCCUUUACUACGGUUUUAUGUUUUAAAUGUAACGUAACGCAUGGUUUGUGCGAUUUUGUGUUUCGUGUAACAAAAAAAAAAUAAUUAAGGCAUGUACAAUUUUUUUUGGGAAAAUUUCAAAAAAUAA